AUUGUUUUGUCGAGAUGAAGCAAAUAAUAACGUGUUGAAUCACUCGUCAGUUGUGCGUUGUAAGUUUGAACUGUGAAGUAGUUUUUGUGUGUAGCUCCCGUGCGAGAAGUUUCAUGUGUUUUAUAAAAUAUUUUUAUGUGAUUGAGAAUUACUGUGGGUUUCAGUUUCUGGAACACUGUGCUAAAAGUUUAUAGUGAAUAAAUAAUACUAGCCAACUAUGAUAUGGGCACUGGUAGCUUGCGCGGCUACUGCGUGCAUUUACACGGGUGCGCAAGCGCAGCCAACGUCGUGUAAAACAGACGACCAAUGCCAGACCGACUUCUACUGCGAUCGAGACGUCGCAUACACUUGUCGAAGGUGCCUGGACUGCGAGCAGCUUAAGCGUGAACCGCGACGGGUACCUUCCCACUGCGUCAAAUCUGUAGCGGAAUGCGGAUCUUGUAUCGCAGGACUCGUUGGUGACGUGAACUUGGAUUGCGUGUCGCCCGACGCGAGGAGUGAUGACGCCGCGAUACCAGCGUACGUGUGGGUCAUUAUCAGCAUUGGCCUGCUGUUGUUCGCUUUGGUCGUCGUCAUCGUCAUCUACGUCCUUCGCAACACUUACACCUUCAAGAUCCUGGCCUCGACGCGUGCUUCGGUUCAGUCGCCAUGCAGCGUAGGUGCGAGCGCCAGCGCUGGUGUUGGUGCUGCCAGCGCACCCGAGUUGCCGCCGCCGUACAACGCGCAUUACAGUGCCGUGAGACCCUCGUCGCCGCCACCGCAAUCGCCGGAACCAGUACACAACGAAGAUGCCCAUCACAACGGUGAAGAGUCGUCCUGGCCGUUCAUAAAGCGUACGCCGUCGGGCUACGGGGAGAAUUACAGUGGGGCGGCGCGCGAGUCCGCAGGCAGUCAGGCCGCGAGGGUGUUCAGCAAUCCACAUUACGUGCGCGGACCGCUACUGCCGCCCAGUUACGACGCUACCGGUGUGGUGGGUGUAACGGCAGGCGAGAACGCGAACGCCACGACAAGUGACGACGAACGCGACACGUUCGCACACGAUGAAGACACCAUGGAGAGCACGUGGACUCCCGACGCCGGCGACGACCACAACGGCAAUAUUUCGGGCGGUGCCGUCGCUGAAUUGUCGUCGCAGCUGGACACAGCGCGAGGAACAGCUCUGAUCCGAGCGCCGCACUCACACCCACCGUGCGGCUGGCAGGACACGAACAACAACCGUAACGGAAACGAAACCUUCGGCUCGGCGGAGGGCGCGGCGGGCGCCGGUUCGUCGGGCGCGCCCUCCUUCAUCAUCAACGUGGUGCAGACCAUCAACACACAGCAAGCGCCGCCGCACAGGCACGACCCAACGUGCUGAUCCCCCGCCACUACUGUGCAAACAACCGGGUACAUGACUAUUGCCUAUUCGAAUCUCACUGCGUGCUAGUAUCGAUUACCUUGUAUUAAUAUUAAAAAGACUUUAAUUCGAACGAUAAAAGAGGACACCGAAUCGCUAAGGUAUAGAAAUUAAAAAAAAAAAGUUAACGUGUGUAGUUAUGUGCACGCGUUAGAAGUUAUACUUCUUUCAAAUAUCUUUCGCGUUUGUAAAAAAACGACACAAAAUAUAGAAAAAAAAGUAUUCAAUACAUUGAAAGUUUUAUUAUAACGCGUUAUCUAAUUAUCUCAUUAUUGGACAACCGAGUCUCAUUUAACAUUAAAAUUUGAGAUUUUUGUACAAUUGAAUCAACCAGUAUUAAUAAAAAUUAUUAAUAAAAAAUAUUUUAUUAAUACUGGUUUGAUAUCGCAAAGUUUUACUUUGAAUUUUGCUUCGCGCUAUUAACGCAAUAUAAAAUAGUCAUGCACCCAAUUGUUGUUAAGCUUAACAUUGCUCAAAGACUCGAACAUUACAAACUUCCAAGGCGCGUCCAAGGUGCUGUACUAAUGUUCCUAUGUACAAUACAUACAGUCCGCGACAAGUCAACAUGGCAAUCUCAACAAAAACACUUGGUACAAUAGUAACGUCAAUUAUAUAAAAAAUAUAUAAAAAUGGAGCAUGUGUGUGGCACGCGCUUCUCAUUCGUCUGUCUCACCUUAUACCCGUGGCGUAAAUGGUUUUUUUUGAUUAAAUGGAUUUUGAGGGUUAUAAUUUUUUAGGGUACGCAGUGCUUUUGCGCAUGUAUGAUAUGCAUGCUACUGCCUCAUACCUAGGAGUAGUUACCGAAAUUUAAUCGAAGACAUAGGUCUUAUGUAGGGAGUUUCAAAAUCGCGUCUUGAGCUGCUUGUUUCCAGUGACGACUCGCUUGAUGUCCUCUGUCUACCUCGUUUGGGGUCGUCCGGCGACGAAUUACCACUCCACUCCCCCAACUAUUGCCACUUCAGCUUCGCGAUUCGUUGAGCUAUGUUGGUAACUCUACUUCUUCUACGGAUCUCCUCGUUUCUGAUUUGAUCACUAGAGAUACUCCUAGCCUUCUUAAGCGGCCCAUAGUUAUGAAUUCAUGAUAAAAUUGGCCAUGUGGAUUUGACCUGGACUUUGCAUAGACCAAUAGAAAAGUAUUGCUUUAUAUGUUUGCAUUUAGUUUAAUUCUCAAUCGCAGCGACUUGAAUGCUCUGGAAUGUUU